UGAUCUAUUUCAACAUCCAACAAUUAUUCAUCAUGCUCAACUCAUUCAACAAACUAUCAAUAUCAUCCACACUCUGAAUGAUUAUCCGUGGUCUUCCUUACAUAUCAUGCAAGCGAGGGCAUCAUUUGCACAAGAACGAAUCUAUGUAGAUGAACAAAUUCGUUUUUCAUCCAACAAAGCAAUGAAGAAUAUGUAUGUUAUUCCAUUACUUUAUCGAAUAUCAUCUAUAAAUGAUCAUAUAUCAAUUACUCGAUUACAUCAUGCAUUUCAAAGUGUUAUCACAAAACAUGAUAUUCUUCGAACCGCACUUUAUAUUGAUGAUACCAGUGGUAAUAUUAUUCAACUUUGUUUAAAUACAAAUAUCAUUCUGGAUGGUGAUAUCAAAUCAAAUGGAUUAACAGUCGUUAAUAUUCAUAAUGAUGAUUAUCGUCACAUGAAUGAAAUGGUCAAAGAAAUAUUAAAUCAAUCUACUUUAUUUGAUUUAUCAAAAGGACGUGUUAUUAAUUGUCAUAUUCUUCGUCAUUGUGGUUAUUCUCAAGAUAGUAUCCCAUAUGAGAAUGAUGACGAUCUAUUGACUAAAGAUGACCUUAUAUUAUUUACCAUUCAUCAUGCUUGUUUUGAUGGAGCAUCAACAUCAAUCUUCGUUCGUGAUCUUUCUCUUGCUUACCAAUCUAAUGACUUGUUUCCUAUAAAUGACAAUUCAUUACAAUAUAUUGACUAUUCUGUUCAUGAACACAUACUGGAUAUGAUAUUAUCUCAAGACUUUUGGCAAUUAGAACUCAAAGGAUAUAAUCUUGCACGCAAGUCAUCACUACCAGUUGAUCGACAACGUUCAUCAACUAAUCAACAACGAUCAGGUGUAGCAUCCAUAGCUCAAAUCACUCUCGAUAAUGAAUUAUGCACAUCAUUUCUAAACUAUGCAUCAUCACAUCAUCUCACACUUUUUCAACUUGGAUUAUCCGUGUUUUAUGUUUUCUUAUUUAAAUUAACUCAUGGUCAAAUUGAUCUAUGUAUUAGUUCUAUUAAUGCUAAUCGAUAUCGAAAUGAAUUACAAAAUCUAAUUGGAAUGUUUGUUUCAACAUUGCCAUAUCGCUUAGAAAUUGAUCCUAGUUGGUCAUUUGAUGAAGUAGUUAAACAUGUACAAGAAAAAUGUUUAUCAAUUCUUGAACAUUCUCAUUAUCCACUUCAACAUAUUCUUGCUGAUUUCCAUGUCACUCAGUCGAAUGUAUCAUUUCUUGAAACAAUGUUUGAUUUCAUCACUGUAUCAGAAGAUGUUACACCAGCAUCCUUUGCACAAUACCGAAUAUGGUCAGAAAAUCAAAGAGACGUCGAUACUGAUCAACCAUCUUUAACGACCCAUAAUAUGCCUUUUUUCUAUCGCCUCUACACAGGUGAUGUUUUAUCCGUAAAACAACUUCGUCACGCUCUUCAACUCAUUGUUAACAAACAUGAAUCACUUCAUACAUCACUCAUCUACGAUUCUAAUAAAAAUCUACUCAUGCAGAGAGUUCUUACUCAACAACAUAUCAACAAUGACAUGUUUAUAAUGACUGAGAGCACUUAUGAAACAGAUGAACAACUCAGUGGUAUCAUACAUGAAGAGAAAUACAAUCCUCAACUUUUCGAUCUCACGCAAGGUUUUGUCUUUCGAUGUCAUAUUAUUUACUACAAACAAAUCUCUUCAAAUAACAUCCUUCGUGAUAAAGAUAUAAUUAUCUUCAACUUUCAUCAUGCUUUCUUUGAUUAUCCAUCAAUGAAUAUAUUUCUUCAUGAUCUCAAUCAAGCUUACCAAACAGGUCAACUAACAGCUGAUAACAAUACUACUCUACGUUAUAUCGAUUAUGUUCUUAUUGAACAACAAAUGUCCAUGACUAGUGCAAAUAUGUAUUGGCUUGACACUUUGCAUGAUUGUCAUCUGGAUAAAUCUUUAUCAUUACCAUUUGAUCGAUAUCGUCUCUCAAAUGAACAUCGAACUGGUCAUACAACGUCUGUCUCUUUUAAUUUUGAUCAAGAUCUCUCACAUCAUUUUCUCACGUAUGUAUCAUCAAACAAUAUCAAACAUGAACAUCUAGCACUUACUACUUACUUUAUCUUCUUAUUUAAAAUAACGAAUGGUGAAAAAGAUUUAUUUAUUGCAAAGAACAUUGAUAAUCGUUAUAGAGAUGAACUAAGAUCUAUAAUUGGUUUAUUUGAAAAUAUCAUCCCAUUACGGUGUCGAUUAGAUCCUUAUUGGUCUUUCCACCAACUACUUGAGCACGUAGGCGAGACAACAACAAAGAGUAUGAAAUAUUCAUAUUUUCCUCUUCAACGUAUUCUCAAUCGACAUCCAAAUAUUUCAAAACCUACAUUUCUUAAUAUAUCAUUUCAAUUUCUAUCAUCUAUGAUAACAAUGGACAAUAAACUGAUAAUGAUUGGUGAUAGCCAACUUUCUUCCAUACCUACAACAAUGAACAUUAAUGAUUUCUCACUUCAAAUUCAACAUGAUCUCAAUAUCAAUCAACUCGCAUGCACAAUCAAUGCAUCACUUGACUUAUUCAAUGUAGAAACAGUUGACAAGAUAUUUCAACGAUUUCAUUCAAUGUUAAAUCAAUUAUUUACAUCUGUUGAUGAUCAAAUGAAUAAACCAAUCUAUGAAAUAUCAUUAACAUUACCAAACGAAAGAUUACUUAUACAGUUAGUGAAAAACACACAAGUAUCAUUUUCAUCUCCUGUCACUUGUAUUCAUCAUGAAUUUGUUUGUCAAGUAGUGAAAUAUCCACAGAAACUAGCUGUUGAACUCGAUGAUCAAUCAUUAACAUAUUGUGAACUCUUACAUUACGUUCAAGUCUUAUCUUUUACUCUUCUUAAUGAGUAUCAUGUGUUUCCAGGUGAGAUCGUGUGUCAAUGUGUUGAGCGAAGCUUAUCAAUGGUGAUUGGUAUUAUGGGAAUUGAAAUGGCAGGUGGUGUUUAUUGUCCAUUAUCACCUCGAGAUCCACAACAUCGUU